AUGUCUGUUACUCUAACAAAAACUUCUAAAAAUACACCUUUAUUAAUACACAACAGUCACUCGUAUACAAUUGAUCGAAAAACUGUAACAAAAAUUCUUUGGAAAUGUGAAUACUCAAGAAAAUAUUCUUGCCAUGGACGACUGCACACAACAUCAAAUUAUGAAUUCAUUAAAAUAGUAGGUGAACAUGAAAAUCAUGUUGGCAAUUCACGAUGCGCAGCAACUCGUAAAUAUUUUGAAAAGUUAAAACAAGAAUCAGAACAAAAUCAUACAAAUCCACAUAAUAUAUUAACUCAAGUAAACAUUGGUGUACCAGAUGAGGUACUUGUUCAAUUACCAACGAAUGGUAGUUUAAAACGAAAUGUUCGUCGUUGGCGCCAAGUAACUACUACUGAACCAACACCAACAACCAUUGAUUUUCCAGUUAUUCCAACAAAAUAUCAUCAAACAACUCGUAACACUAUCUUUUUUCGGAAAGAUACAGGUCCAGGUUUGAACAGAAUGUUAUUGUUUUUCACUGAUGAACAACAGCAAAUCAUGGAAAAUGCUACAGUAGGUUUUUAA